CACACACACACACACACACACACACACACAGAACUGCAACCUGUCUGCCAUUAGGCAGCAGCUUCAAGGGCACAGCCAAAGGGGAGGAGGGCUCCUACACCUUCCUCUCCCCACGACACAUCAGCACUUGGCACAGGCGAGGCUCCAUAGCUCGCUCACAAAUCCACAAUCCAAGGCUUGAAUCCCAAGUUGCAGCAGACAGAGGAGGGGAGGGCAGUUAUCUAAGGCUCUCAGCACCCCCAUGUGCCUGCUUGGAUCAUGGAGCUGCACUGUCUUCCUACUGAGACCCCCACCUCAGCCAGCUCCUGCUCCACGGACCCCCUGUACGACAACUGCCCACCUUUUGCCCAGCGAGGGAGGGCCGGGGAAAGGGAAAUGGAGAGUAGGGUUGUGUGCCCGGCUGUAACCAGACUCCCAGGCCCCUGCAGCCCUCAGCCUGGUCUGGCCCCAGCUGUGGCUGAGGUUCCCACACUAGUCGGUGGGGGAAGAGUGACUGGCCCCUGGCCAGAUCACAGCUACUGCAGCUGGAGAGGAGGUCUGAGAAGACAGGGCUGGGAAACAGAGCUGGGCCCAGGCAUAAACAGAACAAGAGGGGGAGAGAGAGGAGGAGGAGAACAGGGCGGUAGCUGGGGAGUUAAGGACAGAGCUCAUCUGAACCAGAGCCCCAACCCAUCACAAAGUGAGGAGCACAGGAGUGCUCUCUCUCUGUAUGAUAACCUCCCCGAUGCUGUCACUCCUGACAGCCUCCAAGAAGUCUUUGACAUGGAAACAAGCUUCCAGGAGCAGAUGUACCAAGCAUGGGCCCCUGACCAGAUCCAGGGAGUGAUGGACGGCGAGUGUGUGAGCGAAGACAAGAGCACAUGGUCCUCCUGUGAGAUCAUCCUUGCUGAAAGCCGUUUCAGUAACCAGGACCAGAAUCCAGACCAAGACAAGAAACAUGAACAGGAGCCAGAGCUGGACUCAGGAUCCUUUGGAUUUAAGCAGGGGGACCCGAUGCUGAACCUCCAGCUCCAGAUGCCACCUCCUCAGCAUCCUGCAGCAAGUUCCCCUCAGUUAUCCCAAACUGCGUGCCAAGUUAUGUGGCCCCCAGCUGAAGCCCAUCACCCAGAGCAGCCAUCCUGGUCUCCCAGGGUGCCCCCUCCGGUUCCCUUGGCGGACCCCUCGGCCAGUGCCCUUCGCAGCCUCCUCACCAGCCUCCAACAGCAAAUAGUCAGACAGAGGGAGGAGUACGAGGCACGCAUACUCAGCCUGGAGCAAAGAAACGAAGAGCUCCAGGUAGAGGUCGUUCGGUUGAAAACGAACCUCGCCCAGCAGCGGCACUGGUACCACGCUGUCCAGGCUAAGAUUGCAGAGUCUGAAAGGGGCCGGGCCGCCGCAGAACUUCGCAAUGCAACUCUGCAGAAGGAGAUGGAGCAGUUCUUUGACACUUUCGGAGAGCUCAACAACGAGGCCAAGAAGACAGAAUAUAUAGUCAAGAGCUUUUGAGAAAAGAACGUAUGAAAUGUGUGUGCUGAUGUGAACAGUGUGUGCUAAGAGAAGUACAAAAGGCACAAGACUGGUUAGUCUUUAAACUCUAGUUAGGAUCAUGUUUAAUAGUUUGUCACCACCUAUUCAGAAUACUUUCUUACCUAAUUGGGAGAGGUUUAAAGGGACAGUUCAACCAAAAAUAUUCAUAUUUUUCCUCUUACUUGUAGUGCUAUGUAUCCGUCCAGAUUGUUUUGGUGUGAGUUGCUGAGUGUUGGAGAUAUCAGCUGUAGCGAUGUCUGCCUUCUCUUGAAUAUAAUGGAAAUAGAUGGCACUCAGUUUGUGGUGCUUAAAGCACCUAAAGAUAAAUUUGGAAAAACUCAACAGCAAUGUCUCUUCCCCAGGAAUCAUGACCCGGAUACUAAAGAUAAUCCACAGACUUUGUUGUGAGCAGUUUCAUCUAGGAACUAUUUUCUUUCUAUCUGACUACAUCGGCAGACCAUACCAUUGCGCAGAAGGAAGGGUGCAUCUACUGCUAGCUCUCCUAGCACCACUGAGCUAGCUAAUGUUGCAGUUCAGCCAAGGAGGACGGCAUUAAUGUUUACAUCUCGCACUGUCACAAGCAGGAGCCUCUUAUCCAUGAGUAGAUGCACACUUCCUUCUGCGCAGUGAUACGGCAGGUGUACUAGUUCAACAGAAAGAAAAUAGUUCUAACAUGAGAUUACUCACUGUACCCGACUCAGAAUUACGUCGAUCAAAUCAGAUUUGGCCAAUUCGUUGUUGUUUUUUACGAAUAAGGAUUUAAAGUUUGAACGGGCUCAGCGGGAGGUUCAGUGUGACAACAGCAUUCAUGUUAUAUAGUAACAAGCUAACUAUGCUAACGACGGAUCGGAAACAUGCAACAAUUUUUGCUGACACUGGAUAUUAAACAAAAGCCAGAGACUGUGUUGUAUUAAGUAUCAGUGAGCUGUAAAUACACCACUUCAAAGCUGAAAUGAAAAGAUAAUGUUAUCUCAGAAUCUUCCCUCUGUGCGUCUGCAGCUGACUGUACCAAAGGGUAGUGUGAGAGUCAAGAGCCCUUACACCACACCACACCAAAAUCUGGGCAGCAAAACGUCCUCAGAAAUGCACUGCACAACACACUAACUAGCAAAACAAACAAAAAACACAGAUUCAACUUGAAGCAGUCUUAGUUGACUGAGGGAUCUCCAACUGACGAUUCGAAUCUCCAACUUUUAAGGGGCAGUCUUAACAAGGUCUGGGGAUUAUCUUGAGUAACCAGGUCAUGAUUUCUGUAAAGAGACAGUGCUGUUGAGUUUUUCACAUGCGUUUUUGGUACCACAAGCUGAGCGCCAUCUAGUUCUAUUACACUGGAGAGAAAGCAGACAUUUUUACGGCCCAUACCUCCAACACCAAAACAACCUGGUAAGAGGGAAAACAUGCGUUACGUAUUUUGGGGUGAACUGUCCCUUUAAGUGAUGUGUGGUUAUGUCUUCUUUAAGAAUCUGAGACAGAUACAAAACAUCACUGAAAGAAAAUGAAUCACUGAUGUCCACUUUAUUAGUUACGUAAGGGCAAAAGAUGUUGGCCGGGUGAUUAUAUUGUGGUCAUUGCAAUCACACAGGACAUCUCUGAAAACAAAAGGCAGAAUAAACUGAACCGAAAUGUGAGAUGUACAAUGUAUACAAUUGAGCUUUCUUUUAAAAAAACAA